UUCUCCCCCAGAAGCUUCCUGUUGGAGCUUCCUUCUAGGACAGACAGGCAGGUCCAGAAGGUGGACUGUCCUGAGAAGUCCUGACCCCAUGGACGUGAAGAUGCUGCCGCCGCCACUGCUGCUGCUGCUCCUGCUGCACGUGGCGUCCCUGCAGAGGGACCCAUGGUACCAGCUCCAAGUGCAGGAAUCUGUGACAGUGCCGGAGGGUCUAUGCGUCCUUGUGCCCUGCACCGUCUCCUACCCCUGGACAGGCUGGAACGACGCUACUCCCACCUACGGCUACUGGAUGCGGAAAGAGGAGAAACCCCAAAAUGAUGUCCUUGUGGCCACAAACCACCCCGUCAGGGCCUCACAAAAGAGGAGGAAAUUCCCAUUCGACCUCUCCGGGGACCCCGGGGCCAACAACUGCUCCCUGAGCAUCAGAGACGCCAGGAAGAGGGACAGUGGAAACUAUUAUUUUCGGCUGGUGAGAGGAGCUGAGGUGAAAUACAGUUUCAGACAUAGUCUGCUCACUGUGAACGUGACAGCGCUGACAUGGACCCCUGAUAUCUACAUCAAGGAGCCCCUGGCAUCUGGCUCCGGCAGCCACCUGACGUGCUCCCUGCCAGGCGCUUGUGACUGGGCCACGCCCCCCACCAUCUCCUGGAUGGGGGCUGCCCUGGACGCCUCAGCUGCCUCUAACUCCUCAGAGAUCCUGCUCACCCCCCGCCCCCAGGACCACGGCACCAACCUCACUUGCCGGGUGACCUUACCCAGGGCUGGUGUGAGCACGGAGCGGACCCUCCAGCUCAACGUGUCAUAUGCUCCCCGGAACCUGGCCAUUGGCAUCUCUCGAGGAAAUUGCACAGAGCUGAAAUACCUGGGGAAUGGCUCAUCUCUUCCUGUCCUGGAAGGGGAAUCUCUGUGCCUGGUCUGCGUCGUUGACAGCAACCCCCCGGCCACACUGAGCUGGGCCCGACGGGGCCGGAUCCUGAGCCCCUCGCAGCCCUGGAACCCCGGGGUCCUGCAGCUGCCCCGGGUGGAAUCGGGCCACGAAGGCGAAUUCACAUGUGGAGCUCAGCAUCUUUGGGGAUCUGUGCACGUCUCCCUGCAUCUCUCUGUGCAGAACCCCCCAAAGCUGCUGGGUCCCUUCUGCUCCUGGGAGGAUGAGGGUCUGCACUGCAGCUGCUCCUCCCAAGCUCAGCCCAUCCCCUCCCUGCGCUGGCGGCUGGGGGAGGGGCUGCUGGACCAGAACCUCAGCAAUGCCUCCAUCAAGGUCACCUCCAGCUCCACCGGGCCCUGGGCCAACAGCUCCCUGAGCUUCCGCGAGGGGCUCAGCUCCAGCCUCAGACUCAGCUGUGAGGCCCAGAACGUCCACGGGGCCCAGAGCACCACUGUCCUGCUGCUGCCAGGGAGGCCCAGGGUUGGAGGAGGAUUGGUUCUGGGGGCCGUCGGGGGAGCUGGCAUUGCUGGCCUGCUCAGUCUCUGUUCCUGCCUCAUCUUCUUCAUAGUGAAGACCUUCAGGAAGGCAGCUGGGGAGGAUGCCCCUGCCUCACUGGCGACCACUUCCCUGGGUUACCAGCAUGGGGGGUGGCCAGGAAGCCCCCUGGAUCAGCCGCCCCCUACAGCAGCCAGCCCCACCGCAGGGGAGGAGCGGGAACUCCACUACGCCUCCCUCAUUUUCCACGUGCCAAGGCCCUGGGAGCCUCAGGACCCGGAGGCCACCAGGACUACGGAAUACGCUGAGAUCAAGAUCCAGCAGUGAUGACCCUGGCUCCCGCCCAGGGCCCAGGGCCUCUGUGGGAAGGGAGACUCAUCUUCCAUGUAAAUGGGAUACCACAACGAAGUGUGUGGGAGGCCCGGUGGCGGGGCGAUAGGCAGAACUGGCUCGAAUUUCAGCCCUGUCACCAACACGGGUUUGAGCACGGCACUCUCUCAGUCUCCCCCUCUGUAAAAUGGACACAAUAAACCUAGUGCAGAGGGC